AUUCGUUUCUGGUCAUUUGAUAAGGCUUCUGCUGCUGAUAGGACCUGCCUGCCUCUCGCCUCUCUCCUCUCAGCACACUUGCAGCCAAAACUGAAUAUUCCUGCUCUGGGGCCUCCUUCCAGUCCUAAAUUUCAGCUCGUCAUCUUAAGCUGCCUGGGUCAUGGCUCUGCUAUUCUCCUUGAUCCUUGCUAUUUGCACCGGACCUGUUCUCUUAGGAUCUUCAUCCAGAGUGCGACUGGUGGGAAGCACCCGCCGCUGCGAAGGGCGGGUGGAAGUGGAAAAGGAAGGUCACUGGGGUGCCGUGUGUGAUGAUGGCUGGGACAUCAAAGACGUUGCUGUGGUAUGCCGAGAGCUGGGCUGUGGAGAAGCCAGGGGGACACCCAGUGGUAUUUUAUAUAAACCAUCAUCAGAAGAAGAGCGAAAAUUCCUCAUCCAAGACGUCGAUUGCAAUGGGAUGGAAGAUACACUGUUUCAAUGUGAGCUUGAAGACGUUUUUAAUUGCUUAGACAAUGAGGCUGCAGGAGCAUUGUGUGAGAUUCCAGAGAGUGUGCGGUUGGCUGGUGGCACCGGGGCCUGCAAUGGGCGAGUGGAGGUGAAGCACCAAGGGCAGUGGGGCACCGUGUGCAAAACAGGCUGGAGCCUCUUGGAUGCAAAGGUGGUGUGCCGGCAGUUGGGGUGUGGGAGGGCCAUACUGACCAAAAGAUCCUGCAACAAAGCUACCGAGGGCCAAGGGCCCAUCUGGCUGAGUCACGUGUCAUGCUCAGGACAAGAAGUAAGCCUUCAGGAUUGCCCUUCUGAGCCUUGGGGAAUGAACAACUGCACCCACGAUGAGGACAUGUGGGUUGAAUGUGAAGAUCCUUUUAAGUUGAGGUUGGUAGGAGGAAACAACAGCUGCUCUGGGCGACUGGAGGUGCUGCACAAGGGCAAAUGGGGCUCUGUCUGUGAUGAUGGCUGGGGAGAAAAGGAGGACCGGGUCGUGUGCAAGCAACUUGAAUGUGGACAGUCCCUCUUUCCAUCUGUCAAAGUCCGGAGAAGAUUUGGACCUGGGAAUGGCACCAUCUGGCUGGAUGAUGUUCAUUGUUCAGGGGAGGAGUAUUCCCUGGAGGAGUGUGGGCACAGGUUGUGGGGAUAUCACAACUGCAAACACAAGGAAGAUGUGGCUGUGAUCUGCUCAGGACAGGAGCCUGGGCUUCCUGACGCUUGACAUGACCCUCACAGGCCCCGAGUAUCCUUUGCUUCCUCAUGGGUCCUGAUUGGCCCAGCAUGAGCAUUGGGCCUGCUGGCUUUAGCCACCACUCCCUCAGCCUCUCAGCAAGAGUCUGAACAAUUGCUUAUGCCUUGCUCUCUGAGCUAAACACCCCCAUCAUUGCCUGGAGAUAUGAGUUGUUGAAUUCCCUCUUGCUGGGGAAGAUGAGCUCCCGGUCAUCUUCUCCUCACUACUGACCCCUUGGCAUUGGUUUUGGCCUCUCCAGCCUCCUUAACACACCUGGGAUGUCCAGGCCUGUUACUGUGACAGUACUGGCCAUUACCAAGGCAAGAUCCAUGUCUAUAAAGAACGUGAAAGGAAGGAGACAACGAAAGGAACAUUUGAAAGGGUAUGUGGUUAGAUGAUUACGUGGAACCUGAGGGAAAGUUUAGAGUCUUUUUGAACUCUUUUCCUCAAGUUUCAGGUGAUCACAACAAUUAAUGACACCUCAUUACUCUCCUAUUCCUUGGUAAGAGUAGACCAUUCUUUCAGUAGCAGAGCAGCAUCUUGUAAUCAUAGACUUUUUCAUGACGCUUGGAAAAAGAUGUUGUGCUUCCUGAAUGACCAUAAUAAAAUACCUUUUUUGUCCAUGUACAUAGAACUUGCUGACAUAAUUGGCAUUUAACAAGAAGAAUCUCACAAAUGCAUUUUAGUUUAUCUAAGGAAAAAUUGGCUAUGAGGCUUCCACUGGAAGAAAGGAAAAGAAGAGGCAGAAAGAGUUUGAGGAGGUCCAAAGUUGUGCCUCAUACCAACAAGAUAAUAUCAUUUUCAUUUUAUCAACUCAGACUUUGGGGUCUGCAAGCAUGAGGCAAGAGAGAACGAUACAAAGGAGAGAAUCAAGACAAUGCUAAAAAUCAACAACUUUAGACUCUGGGGCUAAGUUGAGUACCUGCAAUAUACCUACAUUAAUGCUAUCUAAUAAAGUAGAUCUCAUAGUCUCCACAGUUG